UUACCUCAUCGGCCAUGGGCAGCGACAAUGGGCAGACAGGCACCCACACCUAUCACUCUCUAGCUGAAGAUGGGCCCUUCGGCUCUGUGGAGCCUCCUAAAAGGCCCACAGGCAGACUGAUCAUGCACAGCAUGGCUAUGUUCGGCCGGGAGUUUUGCUAUGCGGUGGAGGCGGCUUAUGUGACCCCAGUCCUGCUCAGCGUGGGCCUGCCCAAGAAUCUGUACAGCACCGUCUGGCUGCUUAGCCCUGUCCUCGGAUUCCUGCUGCAGCCAGUGGUUGGAUCGGCCAGCGACCACUGCAGGUCAGGCUGGGGCCGCCGGAGACCCUACAUCCUGGCUCUGAGCAUCAUGAUGCUCUUAGGCAUGGCCCUGUACCUCAAUGGGGAUGCAGUCAUAUCAGCUUUGGUUGCUAAUCCAAGGAGGAAACUGGUUGGGGCCAUAACCAUCACCAUGAUAGGUGUGGUUCUCUUCGAUUUUGCUGCUGACUUCAUCGAUGGACCCAUCAAAGCCUACUUAUUUGAUGUCUGCUCCCAUCAGGACAAAGAGAGGGGCCUCCACUAUCAUGCCCUCUUCACAGGUUUUGGAGGUGCCCUGGGUUACCUUUUGGGUGCCAUGGACUGGACCCAUCUGGAACUGGGAAGAGUGCUGGGCACAGAAUUCCAGGUUAUGUUCUUCUUUUCUGCCUUGGUGCUCAUUUUUUGUUUUAUUAUUCAUCUAUGUAGUAUCUCCGAAACCCCACUUAUAGAUGUCACUGAAGCUCUGUCCCCUCAGCCAUCCCUGCAGGGUUCUCUGCUGUCAUCAGAGGGACUUUAUGAGUAUGGCUCUAUCGAGAAAGUUAAAAAUGGCUGCAGAAACCCAGAGCUGGCUGUGCAGGGACGGAAAAACAAAAACACUGCUUCACGGACUCAAAGGGCAAUGACCAUGAAAUCACUCCUGAGAGCUUUGGUGACCAUGCCUGCCCACUAUCGCUAUCUUUGUAUCAGCCACCUCAUUGGAUGGACAGCCUUCUUGUCCAACAUGCUCUUCUUCACAGACUUUAUGGGCCAGAUUGUGUUCCAAGGGGAUCCCUAUAGCCCGCACAACUCCACAGAAUUUCUCACCUAUGAAAGAGGGGUUGAGAUUGGAUGUUGGGGCCUGUGCAUCAACUCCAUAUCUUCCUCACUUUAUUCUUACUUUCAGAAGGCCUUGGUAUCCUACAUCGGAUUAAAGGGUCUUUACUUCAUGGGGUAUUUUCUCUUUGGCCUGGGAACAGGAUUCAUUGGACUCUUCCCGAAUGUCUACUCUACCCUGGUCCUGUGUGCCUUGUUUGGCGUCAUGUCCAGCACGCUGUACACCGUGCCAUUUAACCUCAUUGCUGAAUAUCACCGUGAGGAGGAGGAAGAGAGGCACCAGCUGGCCCCCGGAGGGGGCCUGGACAGCAGCGGGCGAGGGAAGGGCGUGGACUGUGCCGCCCUCACCUGCAUGGUGCAGCUGGCUCAGAUCCUGGUUGGAGGCGGCCUGGGUUUUCUGGUCAACACGGCGGGCAGCGUCAUCGUCGUGGUGAUCACAGCGUCUGCGGUGGCAUUGAUCGGCUGUUGCUUUGUGGCUCUCUUUGUUAGAUAUGUGAAUUAGGUCAAUAAAGAGACAUUGUUCCUAA